AUGGGUGUCUUCACGAAAAGCCGCAAGGCCAACAAAGAGAAUGUCGAUCCAUUCGGGCCCGAUGCCUCAACCGCGAGCUCUAAAAUGUCCCGCAGUCUGAAGCGGAAGAACAAGAAUGCGCCUGAACCCAAGCCGGAGUUCAACAUAGCGGCGGCACUACCGACCACAAACGACUUCAGGACAAGUCUGCUCAUGCCUGGGUUGUCGGCCCGUUUUAGUAUGUUGAAAGAGCAGGACGACCCUAACUCAAUACUGGGCAAGGCUAGCGACGACAGUGUGCUGUUUCCCAAGAGGGCGUCACGACUCAACUUGUUCAACCACAACCCGUUGACGGACAUCGCGGAGACUGAGUCAAUCCGCUCUGUGCCAAAACCAUUCGCCCGUGGCGAGCGGUCAUCGUCGUAUUCCGACGCAGGUUAUGCUAGCGAUGAUGGAGGCAGCGUAAUGAAUAGAUCUCGUCCUGGUGAAGGAAAUAACCUGUUCGGUGGUCGGCAGAAGGUGUACCACGUUGGUAACGGGGCAGAGACAGCCAAUCCAGGCAAGGCUCGGUACCUGUACGAAGACGAUGUACGGCAGUCGCCUUAUCAGCAGUACAAAGCUGCCAAAUCUCGAGAUGCACUGGAUAAGUCCACCUGGCCGGAAAACGAUAAUGCCCCGAGAGCAUCGGAAGAGGCUGAUACUGUCAACUCACCAGCGACGGCAUUUAGUAAGAACCGAGGCACACAAUCUUCCACUAACUCUGGCCCAUCAAAUCGAAGAACAUCGACUGCUGCAACAUCUGUAGCAACAUGCGACUCGCCAAUUCCUCGACAGAACAGCAAUCACGCGCCCUCGAAGCUACGAACCUCAGAUGGAUUUGAAGCUAAUGGCGUUACGCGCAAUGCGUCUUCCGAUUCGAGGAAAGCGUUUCCACCGCCAAAGGAUGCUGCUGAUCAACCUCCAAUGCCUUUAUCGCAGCCUCGAAGUGCGGUUGGGCUCAACGAGAGAUAUGUGACCCGUAGUCCCAUGUUCUCCACACAAGCUUUUCGAGCCAAUAGUCCACCUCCUGUCGGCCAAGCGAUUACAUCCCUCGACAACGGCGUUCAAGAACUUUCUAAAGGCGCCCAAUUACAGACCAGAAGAUAUCAGACGGCAUCGCCUACGAACCAAGCAUUCGAUGAAGAUGGAGAUCAGGUCUACAGCAGCAAUCUGCAACCCAAUGAUCGUGGCAAGGCAACCGCGAUGGGUUUGUUCAACCGUCCGAGGCAGCAGUACGAUGAGCAACAAUUCUUGCAGCGUCAGCAGCAGAUGCACGAGGAACGCUCGGCCUCGAGAGCCCAAGGUCACGACAAAGAUAGUAGAACUACUUCGACAGAGGUCAAGUCUCCGGUGAUGAGCCGGACCAGUGAUGCAGCAAAGACGAGCGAUCGUGCAUCACAAGAGUCUCGAACCACUAAUGGUAGCUUUCGUUCUCCUUACGGAAGCGGUCUAAGGAAGCUGAGCUCUCCCGAAAAAGCAGCACCAUCUGCGAUCGGUGCAGCUGGGGAGCGUAGCGUCAAGGAUCGAGUCGAAUCACUGAUUAGACGUAACAAUGCAGAACUGACAGCGAUGGAGCACAAACGCUCGCCGCCUCAAGUGCAAGAGUCGCCUAAGCGGACGAAUGACACUGCGAAGUCAGACCAGUCUCAGAGCACCUUCAUCAACCGAUUCGACAGCAGUGAUGAUGAGGAUGAUGAUGAGGUGGCUGCUCCACCUGCACGCUUCUCUCGACCUCGGAUAGCCCCCGAGGACGUGCAUCCAGCGCUUCGCGAUGGCUUACAGGACUUCGAUUUCGGCGAGCAAGUCUCUCCUCGACUUCCACCCGGCCACGCAGACAACAGCCCAGGGCAACCCGCGCUGUCACUGAAACCAUCUAGUCCUGCAUCGAAGCCGAUGGGCGAUGACUCUCCUACGCUCGGACCUAAUGGUCUCGGUCUUAGUGGCAUGAUCAGAACGCAUCUGCGACACGACAGCGAUCGUUCUUCUAUCUAUCCUCAGUCACCAGCAUCCGAAUCGCAAUUUCACUUCUCGCGGACGCCACGAGAAAUGUCAAUGGUAUCAACAUCGAACACGAUCAACACAAUCAACACAAUCAACCCACCCGCAAGUGUUCAUAGUGAUCCGUGGGAGUUCGACAACGCUCAGCGGAACAGCAGAAGAAGUGCGGCUGCAUCAAGUCAUCACUCCGGGCAUGGUGCGAACAAUGCGGACAUCACACCAAGCACAACACCAUUACCUCCAACGAUGUCCCAAAAGGCCCAGCAAAUUCUUGGUCAUGCGGCUGCGCAGCGACAACAAGAAGCAAGCUCGAAAGCGCAGAAAAUAUUGGGCGAAGAAGCCCCUCGACUCUCGCAAGGAUCCAACCACUCUGCACGGAUGGCUCUUUCACCUCGUAUGCCCUUGUCGCCCCGCUUCCAGCAGGAGUCGCUGCCUCAGCCAGAGACAGCGGUCGAUGUCAACAGCUCCAAUGAGACCGUGGCUUCAGCCCCAUGGCAGAGCGAGAACGAGCACAGCGACUAUCAUGAGCAUAAUCGCAACGUAUCCACAGACACGCAGAAGGAACGCCAAGCCUUUGAUGAGGACCUCGCCGAACGUCGACGGAAGAUCCAAGAAGGCCUGAAGGCCGCUGCAGAACGCGACCGAUCGCAGUCGCCAGCUGCGACAAGACGAUCCAACGACCAUCAUCGACAGCCCUACGAGCGAAGCGGAUCUGCUCAAGGCUUUUCUUCGGGUUUGCGCCAUAAAACUAGUCGUGGGCAGAUGGCAGCCGCUGAAUAUGGCAACAAAGCUAUGAAGAUGUUGGGUCUAAACAGCGGAGGUCCGGAUUAUCAUCCGCAGCAACGACCGCAUCCCAGACGCUACGACAGCAGUGACAACGAGUAUGAUGACGGUCCACCGCGAGACCAGCGAGGCCAUCGUGCUCCUCACUACAAUCGCCCUCCACCAGCUGCUAGCCAAGCAUAUGCUGCUGGGCGCCGUACACCGCACGAAAAUCAUAGUAGUGGUCGCCGCACACCCGGUCCAAGUGAUGGACGUCGGACUCCUGGUCCGCAUGAUGGCCGGAAUACACCCUAUGCCAAUUCUUCCAACGAAGAUUUCGAUCGAGCUCGUCAGCAACCAGCUACGCCCAACUCGCAGCGAGGCUAUGGACGGGACCGAGCCGGUUCUGAAGCAGCUCAGCGCUCGCAGAGUCGACAGCGCCACUAUCGCAGCGACGAUGACGGUCACGGACCUCAGCGUCCAGAAAUGAGACAUGCAGGUUCCUCGCCGUCGCCGCCCCAUGGUCGACGUCGAGGCCCAGACGACGGCCGCCCCCCUGUUGGAUACGAGCGAUCGCCGUCAACAACCCCAGGCUCGGGUAGGAACCGAAGCAACAGCCGGCCAGGUCCGCCACCUCAGGGAUACUUCGAUGGCAAAGCACCUCCGACGCCGCGUCUUAAUGACGGUCCAAUGCCUUCGCCAGCAGGCUUGCCAAUAUCACCACACCCUCACGUGAUCGGCGCUGCCUCGCCUGCUCUCGGUCCUGCACAUAGUAACGGCAACGUGGGUGCGCCAUCACCACUCCUCAACCCAGGCCGUCCAUCACCUCGCCCUCCGAUGCAAAGCCCAGCCCUCGCAACCGGCGCACCAUCUCCAUUCCUCAACCCAGGCCCAACGCCGUACAGCGCGCAAACCUCACCGGCCUUCCCACCACCCACCUCUCCACUACCAAUACCAAACCCAUCCUCCGCCCUCGCCACUGCUCCAGCUAUCAACGGCCGCUCCACUCCCGACCUCUUCGCCAACAACGGCCGCGCUACCCCAACAAAUGGCUCAUCUGCGCCCUUACAGCCAAACGGAGGCCGACCACGCCGCAUGACCGUCAACAAAAACAUGAUCUCGGAACCAACCUUCAUCUCCUCCACUAGCAGCGUCCCACUCGUCGGCCUGCCGCACGCUAGGGUCGACGGCAGCGCAACUGCUCCACCUACCUUGCCAGCGAUGAAUCCUCGCCGACGAGGCGGCACGCCGACCAACGAAAAUGGCAGUGCUGCCACGAGCGCCGCGAACACGCCUUUGGCAACACCACUCGGCAUGGCAGUGCCAUCUGCCGCCGGAGGGUUCGGUCCCGGGAUGGGCAAGUCGGUUUCCGCUACCAAUUCGCCUGCGCUAGGAAAUACGCCUACAGCCGCGACUUUCGAUUCCAUCUUUCACGGAAAGUCAGGCGCUGUCGGCAGUGGGCCAAUGGGACCGCCACCACCGAAGAACUCCGGUCGCAAUCGUCUCCGCAAGAUCAGCUCUGAGGGUGGUGGUAUGGCGAGUCGAGCACGCCAGCAGGCGGUCUGGGCGGAGAGAGAGCGGGAGGACCGAUUGACGCCGCGGGAUGGCGAGGGCACGGGGUUUCCGUUCCCGAAUAAGAGUGCGACGAAUUUGGGACUGGGAAGGAGUGCGACGGCGGGUGGUGCUGGGACGGGGAGGAUGGGGGCCGAGGAGGGAGGGAUGUUCUGA